UACUAAGUCAGCGCCCGUGUGGUGAAGACUUCGCGAUGCCCAUUGAUUAUUCAAAAUUUGAGAAUAUCGAAGAUGACUUGGAUGGAGAUGAGUGGCGGCAAAUGCUGGAACAGCUAUCUCGAGAGGUAGCUUGCAAUGAUCCACUUUCACCACCCAGCAGGUUUGGUGAUGAGAUGGGGAUGGAUCUGGGCUUUGAUCCUGGCUAUGAAAUGGAGGAUCCAGGCUUCGAGGAAUACGAGCCACUCGACUUUCCAGAGCUGCGGGACCAGGCCUUGCAGCUGAUCCUGCGACGCUGCACCACCUCGCCAUUUCCUGCCAAGACGCUUCCACGGCGGUUGCUCUUGGAGGCCGAGCUGCGGCUGCGUGGGCGGCAGCACCGCGAGGCGCUGCUGUGCUCCUUGGCGCUGCGCCUCGCCGUGGGCAGCGAGGAGGACCUGCCGGAGCUGCCGGAGACGCCGCCCAGCACCGACCAGGAGCAGCUGCCAGCGGAAUGCUGGCUUGUCCCGGCUGCGGUGAUCGAAAUGGUCUGUGCAUAUCAAUUGGGUGACCGCAACCAUGCUGUGCGGCUGCGGGAUGCUUUGGUGAUCGUUGACCGCAGCAUCCUUUCCAAGCAUUUGACGAAGCGGUUCAAUGGUACUGCAGAGGUACUUGACUUUGUCCCUCAGUUUCUGAACUUGUUGAAUGCCUCUGGCUCCUACUAGCUGCUCACCGCUGGAGCAUUCACAAUCCAGGCAGUAGGAUCACUGUCCAGAUGGACAUGAGAUGAUAUGAGAAAAUGUAAUGUUCGAUGUUGAAGAACCGUUGAGACCAUCUUAUUCCUGAGUUGGAGACCUGGCACAUUUAAGUGGGAAGCACUGCGUCACUGCGUGCCUCUGGCAUCACUCCUGGGAUAAAUCCUGCCAUAUUUCAGGCAGCAAAUUGCGUUUCUUGUCAUGGUCUAAACACCUUUUCUAAUCCUUUGGAUCAAGGCCCCUGCGACGAGGCGCCAACAGCGGACCAAGCAGACCAAGCGGACAAAGUGAAAAGUGACGCCAGCGGCACCUGAGACUUCCAUCCUUUUUGUGCAUAGAAAAUU